AUGACAACAAACGACUCUGAAGCGAUGGAAUUGAAGGCCGACGACAACAACGAGGUUGCCUUGGAAGCUCUGCAAGUGGAAUAUUCCGCCAUGGCCUCUUGGUACGAUUCCUUUUGGGCCGAUUAUCUGAACAAGACGUUUGUGUGGCCUCUGCGACUGGUUUCGUCCUUUAUCUUGGACAGGACGAGAAAACAGCAAGAGAAUGAUGAGAGCAACAGCAAGAAACCGAUUACGGUGGUAGAUGUUGCCUGUGGAACGGGAGAGUUUGUCAAACGACUGCAAUCCCUACAAGAAGAAGAAGAAGACACGUCUGUACGGUUUGUGGGCGUGGAGCCGUGUCCGGAAAUGCUAGAACGAGCCAAACGAAAACAACGACCCGCUGCUCAAUGGAUCCAAGCGACAGCCGAAUCUCUGCCUCUUGACGAUGCAUCGGCGGAUAUCAUUUGUUCCACCAAUGCCUUUCAUUUUUUCCGCAACAAACCAUUGGCAUUGGCCCAAAUGUACCGCGUCUUGCGUCGGGACAGUGGGCGACUGGUCAUUACCGAUUGGUGCGCCGAUGCCUUGACGGUUCGGUGGUAUCAUCUCUUCGAAUGGGUUCGAUGGAACCUUUUUGGAAGGUUUCGACAUCAAUAUCCAGGACCUCUCAGGGCCACUGUUCUGCAACAGUUGGUGGAAGAGGCGGGAUUUCAAAAUGUCACGGUGGAAUCGUAUCAAGUCCGAUUCUGGACGUUUGUGCCGUGGGGGAUGCAGACAGUGACGGCAA